AUGUUACCUCCAAAUCAACCAGCUCCUAGGUAUCCAUGGGAUAAUCACCGCAUUAAGCUUCUGUGGAUUGUCAUGGGUCUCGUGCAUGAAGUGCUCACCCUAUCCCAAUUCAACUAUUAUUUCUGGGUUCGGAUUGGCAUCCACCACCCGGUGAUUCUUGUUACAAGGAGCAGCACCAAUUUUUUGGUUGCUCUUGCGGUUUACAGCAGCUUGGGUGGGUGGGUUCCGGGCCUUGAUUUAGCCUUAUGCUCCAGGUUAGGGUCAGACAAAUACUCCCCGUUUGUCAUGCUGCCAAGUGGAGACUCGGCACGAGAAGCUCUCCCAGCCGUAACCUUGCAUGUAUCACCAGCGGGAGCAGUCAUGCAAUGUGCAUGUAUGGGAGGGGAAAUAGAGUGGGGCUCCUCUUCAGUUUAA